AUGCGUCGCGAACAAGCCCCGGAAGGCUCAGCACCGAGAGCCCGGCAUGCGCGGCGCUCCACCAAGGCGCUGGGCCGGAGGAGGCCCCGGCCCAGCGCCGCUGCGCUCUCCCCGAAAGGCGGCGCGCCUGGGCCGGGAGCGCGCGCGCGCCUGGCUGCUCGCGCUGGGCCUCCCCCCCAAAGAAUCCAGGCCGGGAUUCCGCAGCGGCCGGCGGAGGCGGCGGCCGGCUCGCCCGAGCCGCUCGGUGCCGCAGCGCGGCAGCCCGGACGGGGGCGGCCUGAGCGAGCAGCCCGGCCGGGGCGCGAGGCGCAGCCCCUGAAGGCCGCGCCAAGGGCACCGCGUCUCCCCGGCCGGCCCAGCGGCAUGGCGCCCCGAAGCCCGCCGCCCUGGCGGCUGCCGCUGCUGCUGCUGCUGCUGCCGCCGCCGCCCCCCCUCGAAGCGCGGCUCCCGGCGCCAGGUGAGCAGGGGCCGGCGGGGAGGGCGCGGCGUCCCGGGGCCGGGGCGCCGCCCGUGCUGCCUGCGGCUGGGCUCCCGGCAGGCGCGGCGGAGCCCGCGGCCACGAUCGACGGGCGGGCGCUGUCGGUCAGCAGCCUGCAGGAGGCCGAGAGCCGCGCCUUCACGUGCCUGGCGGCGGCGCCCAGCCUGGCCUGGUACCUCAACGGGGAGCGGCAGGAGACCAACGACUCCAGCAGGCUGCUGGCCACGGCUGGUGGCGGCGGCGGCGCCUUCGAGGAGAACAGCAGCAGCACCUUCGUGGUGACGGCACGGCGCCUGGACCGCCAGCUCAACUGCUCGGCCACCGACCCGGCCACGGGCCGCGUCGCCAGCGCCUCGGUCCUGCUCAACGUGCAGUUUAAGCCCGAAAUCGUGAAGAUGGAUGCCCAUUACGAGGAGUCGAGGGAGCCGGGCCUCCUGCUGGUGCUGUUUGUGCUUGUCCAGGCCAACCCUCCUGCCAACAUCACCUGGGUGGACCAGGAUGGGCAGGUGAUGGUGAACACCUCCGCCUUCCUCAUAGUGGACACCAAGACCUACCCCUGGCUCACCAACCACACCGUGCAGGUGCAGCUCAGCAGCCUGGCCCAGAACUUCUCCUUCAGCGCUGCCAAUGCCGUGGGCAUCAGCAACGCCUCCCUUCCGUCGCCCGGUCUCCUGGACACCCGCAUCGAGCUGCCCCUCCUGGCACUGGUGGUGGCGAGUGCUGUGGCCCUGGGGACUCUCCUGUCCCUCGGUGCCCUCAUCAGCUGUGUGCUCUACCGGAAGGGCAAGAAGGCAGCAGGAAUUCCUCCACCAGCACCACUGCCUCCAAGUGACUCCAACAACCUAAAGCCGACAACAGCCCGGCUGCCACGGGCCAUUAUGUCCCUCCCGUCCAAUCUACAGCUCAAUGACCUCACACCUGAGUCCAAAGUCAAUGUCAGGCCAGAUGGCCCUCCAGCAGAGCGGGAAGAAGAGGCCCUCCCAGAGCCGGAAAACCACCUGGCCCUUGCAGGUAGAGGUCUCAGCCCGUUCCCGAUGGUUGGAUACAUUUACAGAGCAUCCAGCAUGAGCAGCGACGAGAUCUGGCUGUGAGGCCCAGUGUCCGUUCCCAGCACCACCAGUGGCUGCAGCAGAGCAAAAGCCACGGACUCUCCGGUGCCUGCAGGAUGGGCCCUGCGGGGGAAGUCCUGCUGCCACAUCUCUGGGGAAGAAUCCUGGGGGACCCUGGCAACAAGCCAAGAGGACGCAAGGCGAGUGCGAACAGCACCCCCUCCCACAGCAAGAGCAGCUGCUUUGUGGCAUCUCCGGCAAGCAGUGCUGCCAGGUAGCUUGAGGCCCCUUCCGCACGGCGGGUGCUUGCCUGCGCCUCUCCCCCCCCGCCCAGCCCCUCAAGGGGAGCCUCAAUCUGCACGUGGGGCAUCGAUUGGUCGCUCAGAUCAGUAAGAAACCGGAACGGCCUGGUGGGCUGCUUCUGCCGCCUCAGCUGAGACCCGUUGCAUUGCCGCUUCUUCUGCACUUUAAAAAUA